AUGUUCUACUUGCUGGAAGAGUUUGCGAAGUCCGCUGCAGCCGCUCAGUGCCCUUCCUGCCUCGGGCCCAGGACGGGAGCGGCACUCGAGGCGCGGAGCUGCGGGUUCCGUCUGUCCUGCCGGGCCCAGCCCGGGCUGAGNGAAUGGCCCGGGCGCUGCCCCGGCGGGGCCACUGUGGGGCAGCUCCUCGAUGUGCUGCGCCGCUUGGGUCGCGACGAUGUCCUGACGGAGCUGGCCGGCAGCGUGGAGGAGGACUGUAAGAAAUACUUGCAGAGGAAGCAGGAAGAGGCCAACCAGCCUCUCCAAGUGAUCAGCAGUGUGCCAAAGACAUCAGAACUGAUGGGCAUCACCAUCAGGGAUGAUCCAUACGGGAGUGGAACAGAGAUAUUUGAUGCCUUCAUCUGCUACUGUCAGAAAGACCUCCAGUUUGUCCAGGAGAUGAUCAGGGAGCUGGAGCAAACAGAGUUCAAACUGAAGCUCUGUGUAUUUGAUCGGGAUGUCUUGCCAGGAACCUGUGUGUGGUCCAUCAGUGGAGAACUUAUAGAGAGGAGGUGUCGGAGGAUGGUGGUUGUCGUUUCAGAUGACUACCUGGAAAGCGACGAAUGUGAUUUCCAGACUAAAUUUGCUCUUAGUCUUUCCCCAGGUGCUCGUCACAAACGGCUGAUUCCAGUCAAGUACAAAUCCAUGAAGAACGAGUUUCCAAGUAUCUUACGGUUCAUUACGAUUUGUGACUACACCAAUCCUUGCACCAAAAAAUGGUUCUGGACAAGACUGGCAAAAUCCCUCAUGCUGCCCUGAUGCAAAAUCCUCUGAGCUGGGUGCUCUUGUAACCUGUCCUGGCUGUGCCUUCGGACCAGGGGUCCUUGACACAGGGUCUUCCACCACUUCAGAACCUGAAUCCUUGCUUGGAGCCUGUGACUGGGAACAAAGAACUCUCUCCAGCACUUCUUCACAACUCUGAGGGGAAAUAAAGCAACUCUGUGGGUGUUCCAGGUUAAGUUAGUGAGCAGCAGCAUCCAGCAUUUGUGGAGUAAGCACGUGUGCUAAAAAUACUGAAAAUAUACAUUUAAAGAGUGUCUGAUACAAGAAGACUGUUGUAAGAAUUAGCGAGACCUCAGAGCCUCAAACUGCAGGUUUUGUCAAUGUUUUAAAAGCUACAGUUACAUCAAGGCUUGUGAGAAUUCUACCAUAUUGGAUAGGUCUGUCUCUAUUCAGGUCCCAUUUGAUUCAGUGACCUUAUACUAGCAUUUAAUAUUCCCAGAUAUUACUAAAUUUCUACUUCUCCUUCAGGAGAAAUUCAGUCUUAAAAUACAUCUUUUAGUGACAAUCCUUACUACACAAAGCAGGGGCUGCUGUUGCUCAUUGACUUGACCAAGGUCUGCAUCUAAGUGGGUCCAGAUCUCAAAGUCUUUCACCUUUAAAAGCCUUCCAAAACACAGCAGCUUUUGGGAUGCCUCAAAGGCACAGGGCUUAACACUGAAUAAGGAAUGUAUUAAAUUGACAUUUGGGCUGUUUAAAAUAUGGAGGUGAAUGUAAUAUUAAUAGGAAAGAGCCUAAUUUAAUUAACUGCCACAAUAAUGACCGUAUUUCUGUGACUAAAGCUUGGAGCAAUGUCAAGAUUGCUCUGCUUGUUAGACUUGGCUUUGAAUCCUGCCCGUGACUAGUGGAUCUCAUCAAUGCUCCAGGGUGGAGAUCAGGAGUUCUACCCAAAGGAGUGUUUAAAGCAAUCCAUUGGUGUAUUAAACAGAUUUACAGUAAAUAUUGACUUUUUAAAUUGGG